AAUUUAUGCACAAUGCUUAUAAAUAUAAAGGUACAUCUGAUAUUUACAUAAGUAUUACGGCACUGUUUAUACAGGUGAGAAUUGUUUAACAUAAAGCAAAAUACUAGUAUAUCCUGGGAUAAGAGGACAAUUAAAUAAGUUCAUUUUGUUGAAUUCUGCAAUUCUGAUUUUAUACAGAUUUUUGGAAAGUCAAACAGAAUGUACAAGUUAUAUGUUCUACUGACAUUAGCAAUAUUUGCUGAGGCAACCGUUGACAAAAGGAAACAUGUUGUUGCCCAUGUUGAUACCGAAGUUAAAAUUCAACUUCAUCUUUCUGAUGUCCUCGAAGACUUCUCCGAAAAAUUGAAUGACAAAUCAAGUGACGAUUUUCAAAGAAAAGCAAGCCAAUUUUGUUCAAAGCUCGAAAAAGUGUUCCAUGGAGAUCUUCCUGUCAUUGUUUCUGGCUCCGAACCUUUGAAGUUUGAGAAGUGUGAAGUCGAGAAAUUCCACGUGAAAACUUUUAAUAGUCUUAUAUUGGAGACAACUGUCGAUUUCUACCUUUACUUCACGGGAAGAUACGACGAAAAGUUAGUACCAGCCAUUUUUAAUGCAAUAAUGAAAAACCGUGACAAGUCAGCAAAACCUUCUCACAAAGGCAAAGGUGUAGUCAGCAUUGGUGGACUUUAUUUUUAUCAAUUCGAUAUCAUGUCUAUUACUGUAUGGGUCAACACCCAUGAAAUUGAAGAAGACGAUGAACGCUUUGAUCGACGAUCUUCUUUAGAGACAAGACUACUGGAAGUACUUCUUGACAGCCAAAUCGGGAAGACAGUUGCCAGGAGAACCAUGGAUCACAAUAGCAGCGAACGAAUGGUUUAUGAACGAAUACCAGUUCAGAGAAUUAACGAAAAACUCCAAAGAUUGAUGAACAUAGAACAAAUCACCGCCACAAAUACAGAAAAUAGGGAAUACAACGAGGAUGCAUUUGAUCUGCAAUAAACUGUCCAAUAUAAAGAGAAAGGAAGAUUAAAAAGACUUCAUUAUAUGUUUAUAUGUUUAUUUCCUAACUGUUUCUUUAUCAUGAAUAUGUAUAAAGUUAUAAAGCUUAGAAAAUUAUGUCAGUUUUAUUCAUUAAACUGUAAACG